CACUCCCUUCUUCAACUGUAUUUCUCGUGACCACAACCAAAGAGCUUUUACAAAAAGAAAAGUCCAAAACAGAGAGCGCGUGAAAAAUUGAAUUGAAUCAAUUGAAACCAAGCCACCAUCAUCGGCGUAAAGCAACAAGAUCCGCACUCACAAUUUUCCCUAACUACACGCCAUCAUUUAUGCACUCUCUCAUUCUUAUCUCUCCCAGUUACUGGUAAAACCCAUCUCCUCUCUCUGCUCCUCUCUCUCUUCUGUUCUCUUCUUUCUUCUCUCUAAAAUUUGCUAAUGCUCUGUCUUCUUCUUCUUCUUCUUUUCCUUUUUGUUUUCAUUUGCUUUUCAUGCUCUGUGCAAUUGGUUCAAUUUGGACGAACUUUUGGUGGGUUCUACUCCAAAUUCUCAUCUGGGGUUCGCUCGCUUAAUGUUAGGGAUUUAGAUGUUUAAUUGGUGCCUGACGUUUCUUCAUUUCUUCAUUUCCUUACUUAUUUGAUCACUGAUUUGUGUCGUGUCUGAUCGGAGAAGGGUUAACUUAAAACUAGCCCAGAACGUAGACUUGUGAAAGGGUUUCUUCAGAUUAGAGUUAUUUUCCAGUCGAGAAUUGGCGGUGUUAGUGACUUUUACUUGCUCUCAUCUUUCUUGCAGCCUUACUUUGGUAGUUAAAUUUUCUUCCCUUAGUUCUUGUUGGUUGGGCUUGCAAUGGAGGAAAGAAAACUCAAUUUUAAUGCACCACUCAUGUCUGUGAGGCGAUUUUCCAAGGCAGCUAGUUCUUUAGCUAAAGUUAAUGAAAAGAAAUCUGAAAAUUCUCAUUUUAGUAGACGUAGUACCUUUCCAGUUUCUAGACCACAAUUCAAUUUGGAUCAAGUAACAGAACCAGUUGCAGUUCCUUUCCACUGGGAGCAGAUUCCAGGAAGAGCUAAGAAUGAUAGUGGCUCGGCCUCACCUGAGGUUCAGCUGCCUCAUCCUCCUGAGAGGACUUGUUCUACACCAAGGCUUUCCUUUAACAAAUAUAGUUUGGAAAUGGAAGCUUGUCAUCAAGACGAGUGUGAAGCAUCUUCUUCUAGUGCCAUUGUUGUAAGAUUAGAGUCAACAAAAGCUAGGGAUGCAAGGAGCUUGGCAUCUGAGAAUGAUGACAAUGAUGAUGAUGAUGAUGAUGAUGAUGAUUUCUCUGAUGCACGUGAGACAUUGUCCCUCACUGGUUCAUUCUCUGUUAACAAUUGUAGUGUUAGUGGUAUAAGUGGAUGCAAUGGCCCCAUGGUGAAACCAUCAGGAACUUUUCGAACGGAUCCUCAAACUCGAGAUUUCAUGAUGAGCCGCUUCUUGCCCGCAGCCAAGGCAAUGGUUUUGGAGCCUGCUAAGUAUUCAUUAAAGAAGAAACUUGUAGCAGUUGAGCAACCUAGACAUGUUAAGAAGGUGAUGUCUGAGAAUAGGAGGACGUCUCCAAUUAAACAACUUGAGUCUACCCUGUUACUACAGUAUGGCGAAGAUGAAGUACAUGGAGUAGAUGAAGUAGAUGAAGAAAGUGACUCUGUGGAUGAUGAAUAUGAUAAUUCAGGUAAUAUAUCAGCUAGAGGUUGUGGUCUAAUACCCAAUAUAUGCUUCAAAAACUCUUUGGGCCUUCUUAAUCCUGUACCCGGGAUGAGAAUCAGGACCGAUGCAUCCGUGUCUCUCAAUAAUAAAGUUGGGGGAUCAAGCAGAACAAUGCACCAUUCACACAGCCAAAAGAUCAACAAGCAUGCUUGGGAUGCGGCAUACAAGCAAAAAUCAGAAGCUGCUGUUGGAUCACCUAAGCUGCCGGAGGUGAAAGAUAAGUGGACUGGUGAAUCAAAACAUUUUCCUUCCUCCACCGACGUGCAAAUGAGAGGUAGGUCUUCUCCCUUCAGGUAUUCGAGAGCCGCUUCUCCCUUCCGGAGUGAAGCAUCACGGCCUACUUGUAGAAAGCAGCCAGUUGUAGUUCCUAAAGAAGUUGACAUUAUCUCCAGAUCUAAAGGUGAUAUCGAUUUUCAUGAUACACCAUCCAUUCGAGCAACUAAACAUGGGGUUGACAUGGCAAGUACGCUGAUAGAGAAGAUACUCUAUAUAGAUACUGCAAGUGUUGCUGAAACGAAUUCUCCAUUUAAUUCAACCCAUUUGGAUGACGAGAAGAAAUCUGAUCGUUCUAGUGGGAAGAAUGAGACUGCAUUUGAGGCCAGAGUGAUGGAAGAAAGUACUACUGUGGAACCUUCUUUCCUAGAAAUAAAAUGCUUAACUCUGGUUGAAGAAGGGAGGCUGGAGCGUGAAGCUGCAGAAUCUAAAAUGAAAGAUGCUAUUGAUGAUGGCCCCAAUGUGGGACAUGAACUUUAUAUAGAAGAUCAUGCUGGAUAUGCUAAUUUGGGCACUGCUGAUGAAGAAGAUUACUCCAAGGCCAAUUAUCAGCUUGUCAAAGUAGAAGAUCCAGCAAAUGCCAUAGUAACUUCUGUGAUAUCUUCUCAACCUCCACCUCUACCGAAGUCUCCUUCCGAGUCUUGGCUCUGGCGUACCCUGCCUUCAGUUUCCUCAAAAAAGUUACUAGCAGGAUCAAAUCUUGGAAGCAAGUUUUACCAAAAACCACAGAGCCCUAGAACAUCAGCCAGUACCAAGUGGGAAACCAUUGUAAAAUCUUCGAAUUUGCAUCACGAUCAUGUUCGCUACUCCGAGGAAUUAAUUCCUCGUGUUUCUCAACACUCGACAACAGAAAAUUUCAAGUAGGUCUCUAUAACAGUCAGGUGGAUUGAUUGGUUUUGUGUGAAAGUUUAUACAUCAGCAUGGUUUUUUAUUAUUUCUUGUGGAUUCCUUUUUCCCUUCCUCUCUAAAAAUUUUGAAUAAGUUAGGAGGAUUUGCGCUGCCCUUUUCCUUUUAUGUCUUCUGAUAUUUAUAUGAAGACAUGUACGGGUGCGGCCAAGGAAAUAUUCAUAUUUCAUAUUCAUAGAAUGAAUUCUGUAUAAUGCAGCCUAGGAAUCAACAUAGCUGUGAGGUAAUACUGCACUGUAUAUUUGAAGUAAAAGGUGUAUUAAGUAAUUUAUGUGAAUGAAAGUUUGUUCAUGAAUUGUA